UCUUGGUUGGUUCUUUAUCAAUCUCGGUAAGAGAAAGGAUACUAUUACGACAAAGGGAGAAACAAAAGGCAGAAGAUGAGAACACAAAUCACAAGACACAGAAUCUUGUUCUUCGAUGAUUACAGAAGUAGAAGAAACGAAACCCGGUUGAGCUUAAAAGGCACUAGUUUGGUAGUGAGUACAAUUAAUGGACCAAGUCCAGCACAAGUUCGUGGACGUUGGAGGACUAAAGCUCCAUGUAGCUGAGAUCGGAACUGGCCAGAAAGAAACCAACGUUAAUCUAAUCUGAUUCAUUUAAAGAAUCAAACCCAUAUGCGAUUGCCAUUUGAUCAUUCAUUCGUAACUUUCACAGGUCCUAACGUGGUGUUGUUCCUACACGGUUUUCCGGAGAUAUGGUAAUCGUGGCGCCACCAGAUGAUAGCUUUAGCAAAGACUGGGUUCCGUGCCAUCGUACCCGAUCAUCGAGGCUACGGACUAUCCGACCCACCGCCCCAACCCGACAAGGCUUCCUUUGCCGACAUUCUCACUGACCUCCUCAAUCUUCUAGAUGCCCUCCAAAUCGCUAAGGUUUUUCUUGUUGCAAAGGAUUUUGGAGCUUGGCCUGCCUACCUAUUUGCCGUUCUCCACCCAGAGAGGGUCUUAGGGGUUGUAACAAUAGGAUCGCCUUACAUGCCAAAACGCUCUACAUUCCUAAAAUACCUACCAGAAGGUGUCUACAUUUCAAGAUGGAGGGAACCUGGGCAGGCAGAAGCUGAUUUCAGACACCUAGAUGCUAAAACAAUAGUUAGGAACAUUUACAUCCUCUCCUCCAGAAGUGAAAUACCAAAGGCUGCGGAAAACCAGGAGAUCAUGGAUUUAGUAGACUCAUCUACUCCUCUUCCCCCUUGGUUCACAGAGGAAGAUCUUGCAACAUAUGGAGCUUUGUACGAGAAAUCUGGAUUCCAAACUGCAUUGCAAGUUCCAUAUAGGUCCUUAGGUGAAGACUUCAACACAACAGAUCCAAUAGUUAAAGUACCAGUGCUUCUGAUUAGGGGUGGCAAGGAUUACUCCUGCAAAUUUCCAGGGAUGGUGGAUUACAUAAAUAGUGGAAUGAAAGAAUUUAUCCCCGAUUUGGAGAUCGAAUUUUUGUUGGAGGGAACCCACUUUGUUCAGGAGCAAUUACCUGAUGAGGUGAAUAAGCUGAUUCUCACCUUCCUUGCCAAGAAUGUCUGAUGAUGGAAACCUCAACUACGGUUAUUGUCAUGUAGUGUACCCGAAGUUCGACUUGAGGUUUUAUGUGUGUACUUCUAAAAUCUGAAAGACGGUGGUGUAAUAUCAAAAACCAAGCAUUUGAAGUGUGCCAUAGAAAUGCUAAAACUCUGUUUAAUGUCGCAUGUAAUUUAUGUUUCUAACUUUAAUAAGAUGGUGUACACAUUCCUAUCACUCUUCUUGUCCUUAAAAUAGUCUAUUGAAAUA